UAAUCAUUAAUCACAUUAAGCAAACUCAUAAACACCAAAAAAUAAAAAAUAAAAAAACAUUACAGCCACAUUAUUGAUGAAGAGAGCAAAUCCAGAAAAUAAAUUUCAGCAGUAUAACAUCGGAGAUGAGAUAAUUACAAAUUAACUAGAUACUUACUGAAAGUGCAUGUCUAACAAAAUUAUUUGAUAUUUAAGAGAACAUCAACGGAUGAAUGUCUUCCUCUGUUGGAGAUGCCAACCUCGAAAUGACCAAAGACGACGCGGAUUCCGCCUCCGAUAACUCUACCAAGAAUGAAAAGAAGAAGAAGUCUAUCAUUCCUAGGAUUUUUGGUUCAAAGAGAAGUGGGAGGGACGGCUCAGAUGAAGAUAUAUACAAAUCAGAUGGGGAUGGGAUAAUUGAUCUUGAAUUUGAGAAAAAGAUUGCUGCAAGGAGAAAAGCUUUCAUGGAGGCAACUCCUUUCAUUAGAAAGAAUUUUUCAGAAAGACAGACUAGUCCGGGGAUUGAAAGCCUAAACCUAUCAAACUUCGAACUCUCUAUGGCGCCAGCAACUGAGACGAAAGAAUUCCGUAUAUUUGUUGCGACAUGGAACGUGGGAGGAAAGUCACCCAACAAUGGCCUGAACCUCCAAGAUUUCUUGCAGGUGGAGGGGUCUUCCGACAUCUAUGUUUUAGGGUUUCAGGAAAUUGUUCCUUUGAGUGCCGGAAACGUUUUAGUGAUCGAGGACAAUGAACCAGCAGCAAAAUGGCUAGCCCUCAUAAGCCAAGCACUUAAUAAACCGCAAAAUGCGUCCUACAAUAUGCAUUCUUCCUCCGAUUCAUCAGGCCAUGGUUCCAACAACUCAUCGAAUAACAACAAGGAAUCCAAGUCCCCAGGCAGUCUCAACAUCUUCCAGAAGCCUUCUCUCAAAGCUCUUAGCAAAAGCUUCAAGGCAAAUAGUAGCCUUCUCAAGUCUUGCAACUGCCCCGUGGAAUUUCCAUCCCACGAAAGGCGGCGAAUAAGAAAGCUCAGUGAUCCUACUAGUAAAUUAGGCUCAAUUUCUCCUCGGCUUACUUCUGGAAGCGACACUAGUGUAGAUGAAUUUCUUGCAAUUGCUGGGAUUCAGUCCCCAUCUUCCUCAAGCGACAUGAAUUACCGCCUUAUAACAAGCAAGAAGAUGGUAGGUAUUUUCGUAUCGGUUUGGGUUCGAAAGGAGUUAGUACCUCACAUUGGCCAUCUCAGAGUCUCCACGGUUGGAAGAGGAAUAAUGGGCUGCCUCGGAAACAAGGGAUGUAUAUCAAUAAGCAUGACAUUGCACCAAACGAGCUUUUGCUUCGUGUGCAGUCACUUGGCUUCCGGGGAGAAGGAAGGCGAUGAGCUGAAAAGGAAUGCCGACGUGAUUGAGAUCCUUAAAAGCGCACAAUUUCCCAAGGUUUGCAAGAAUCCAUACCGUCGCCCUUGCGAAAGAAUAACCGAUCAUGAAAGGAUAAUAUGGCUUGGAGAUUUGAAUUAUCGAGUGGCUUUGAGCUAUGAAGAAACAAGAGUUUUGUUGGAGGAUAAUGAUUGGGACACCCUUUUAGAAAAAGAUCAGUUGAAUAUGGAAAGAGAAGCUGGGAGGGUAUUUAAUGGGUUCAAGGAGGGACAAAUCUUCUUUGCCCCCACUUACAAGUACUCUCAUAACUCAGACUCUUACGCUGGAGAAACUACCAAGUCCAAGAAGAAACGACGGACCCCAGCAUGGUGCGAUCGGAUACUAUGGCGCGGGGAUGGCUUUGAGCAAUUAUCUUAUAUUCGCGGGGAGUCGAGAUUCUCCGAUCACAGACCCGUGUGUGCUGUGUUUUCAGUGGAAGUGAAUGUGCUUAGAAGCAAAAACAACAGAUUCAGAAAGGGUUACUCUUGUACUGCUCCAAGACUGGAAUUUGACGAAUGCAUGCCUCAAAGACACAGCUUCUAUGAGUACUAGUACAAACACAAUAUAAUAUACUACACCACACUUUCUUUUUGUUCAUAUUUUUUUCUGGUUAGUGAAAGGAGGUUAGUGAAAAAAAAAAGGAAAGAGAGAACAAAGAGUAAGCAUUGUUGAUUACAUCUCUCAUUUGUAAGUGGAUCUCGAUUUUGUAUGAUGCUUGCCAGUGAAUCUAGCACAAAAAUGUUUAGUUCUAAACCAACUGUACAACUAUCUUGGGAAUUAAGAAAAUCCAUGUACUAUUGAUUAC